AUGCCACGGCCAUGCCCAGUGAUAUUGGAAGAUAUGAAAAGCAAGAAAAUUGCAAGACAGUACCAGUUUGACAUUGCAGAAGAAACUAGGAUACAUCAAGAUUUGUUUCCUAAACUCAAUGAAGAACAGAGGGCCAUAUAUGAUGAUGUUAUGGGAUCAGUUUUGGAGAACCAGGGAAAACUAUUUUUUAUUUACGGAGCAGGCGGUACGGGAAAAACCUUCCUAUACAGAACCAUCAUCUCUGCUUUACGAUCAUCAAAAAAGAAAGUUAUACCUGUUGCUUCCUCUGCAAUUGCUGCUUUACUUCUGCCCGGAGGUCGCACAGCCCAUUCUAGGUUUAAAAUACCUCUCAAGCUCUACGAGGAUACAUUCUGCGAAGUUAAAAAUGGCACAAACCUCGCCAGCUUCCUAAGCCAGGCAGACCUUAUUAUUUGGGAUGAGGUGCCCAUGGCACAUCGCCAUGCUAUUGAGGCCGUAGAUCGCACACUCCGAGAUAUUUUAUCUCUGUCUGAUAGAACAGCCUUAAACCGACCUUUUGGUGGAAAGACAGUCCUGUUGGGCGGUGAUUUUCGACAGAUUCUCCCUGUCAUUCCACAAGGCACACGUCAGGAAACAGUUAACGCAGCUGUUAAUCACUCACACCUCUGGAACCACUGUGAAAUUCAUGUUCUCUCCACAAACAUGCGCGUACAAUCUGACGAAAAAGAUUUUGCUAAAUGGAUUUUACAAGUCGGUGAUGGGGUUGCAGCACUGGCGCCUCAGAAAGAAAUAUACACAGAAGCUGCUGAAGACCAAAUUCUGAUAGACGAUUCUCUCCUCCUUCCUGUGACUUCCAACCCACUUGACAUCCUUUGUCAAUCUGUUUUCCCAGAUUUCACAAAUGAUUACAAGGACAUGGAAAAAAUCAGAGAUUCAGCUAUAUUAACUCCGAAGAACGCUACGGUUGAUGAAAUCAACACUUACUUGCUUUCCAAAAUACCGGGUGCUGAGCAAGAAUUCUUAAGCUACGACAGCUUCGCUGAGGACGAAAAACAUUCGGGAGAGUUUGAUUUAACAUAUCCUUUGGAAUAUCUCAACUCUUUAGAAUUUUCAGGCUUGCCUGCGCAUAGAAUUUGCCUCAAAGUUGGGGUGCCAAUCAUGCUCCUUCGCAACAUAAAUCAGGCUGAAGGGCUAUGCAAUGGUACAAGACUUAUAGUCACACACCUGGGGGAAAGAGUUAUUAAGGCAGAAGUACUAACAUCUUCCCCAAGAAAACAGACUGUCCUGAUACCUAGAAUCGUCCUAUCACCCACAGAGUCCAAUCAUCCCUUCACUUUCAGAAGGCGCCAGUUUCCGGUUAGAGUAUCCUACGCAAUGACAAUAAACAAAAGUCAAGGCCAAACACUGGCAAAGGUUGCUCUUUACUUGCCCAAACCUGUUUUCACCCAUGGUCAACUAUAUGUGGCACUAUCAAGAGUGACCACACCAAAAGGACUGAAAGUUUUGAAUAUUACCAGACCCAGUGGCUCCACGAGCACCAUCGCCAAUAUCGUCUACAGAGAAGCCUUCAGUGGCUUUCCCCAAACAGCAGGUUUAGAAGAAGAUGAUGAGUGA